AACGUUGUAGAUAUAAAUGCGACAAAUCCAUAAUCCACAAAUUUAAUAUGUUAUAUAGUCUUAUAAUUAUAUCUCACAAUAAAAAAUUAGCAAAAUUUACACUGAACAUAUAUUUAUUAAUAAUUGUAUAUAUUUUAUUUAAUUAUGAAUUUAAUUAUUUUAUUAUCAUUCUAUUCAUAUGACAAAUUCUAUUCAUAUGUAUAUAUAUUAAUUAUGAAUUUUUUAAUUCUAUUUCAAAUAUUUAUAAUAUAUCUUUAAUAGACAAACUCUAAAAAAAAUUGACUAUAAUUGUCAAUAAAUUAUAUACAUGUAUAAGUAUCACGAGUAUAAUGGCGACACCCACUAAUGGUAACGGUAAUCUUAUCGAUGAAUUUGAGGAAGCAUUUCAGCAAUGUUUGAGUAUAUUAAUAACGAAAGACGAAGGGUUAGGAAACAAUGGAAUUGGAGUGUCUGGUGGUUUGACUGUGGAUAAAGAAGAAGCACGUAGUGAAGUUGAACAAGUUACAUUGAGAUUUAUAGAUCUGGCAAGACAAAUGGAAGCUUUCUUUUUGCAAAAAAGAUUUUUAUUAUCUGCAUUAAAACCAGAAUUAGUAGUAAAAGAAGAUAUCAAUGAUCUUCGAGUAGAAUUAGCACGUAAAGAAGAUCUCAUAAAAAGACAUUAUGAUAAAAUUACAGUGUGGCAGAAUUUAUUAGCAGAUUUACAAGGUUGGGCAAAGUCUCCAGCUCAAGGUCCAGCACCUAAUGGUUUACCAAAUGGUACUCAAAGUGGACAAAACCAACAAAGUGCCAAUGGAGGUGGAAAUACAACAAUGCAACAACAACAACAAAUAUUACAACAUCAACAGCUUCAACAACAACAACAACAAUUGCAACAUCUUCAGCAACAUCAAAUGCAACAACAACUUCAUCAGCAACAGGUGCAACAAGGAUCUGGAGCACCUCCUACAUCAGGUCUUCAAGGAGUUGGAGUUGCAGUAGGACAACAAGGAAUGUUUAUGACACAAGGAGCAGUAGGAGUGACAGGUACACGAGCAGGAUUCCCUGUUGCAGGUGUAGGAAGUAGUACACUUCAGGGUCCGCUCGCUUUCCUAGAAAAGACAACGAGCAAUAUAGGAAUGCCCGAAAGGCGGAGUUGACGCGGAAGGGGGAGGG